UGAUUUGAAGGAUUUGAAGGCUCUAUGGUAAUUAAAAGGAAUACCACACCUUCCGAACCUGACUUCUUCUUAGAUGGUUACGCGGUCUGCAAUAAGAUCGAAAACUCUGAACUACCACUUGAGUGUGAAUUCAGAGAGACUUGUGAGAUGGUUCCUACGGUAUCUUGCUUAGUUCCAGGUUAUCAGGGCUGUUACUCCCAUACGGCUACCGCUCCGUUCUUUUUCGAUGGUGUGCAGGCAGAUUUAGGGGAUGAGCAAGUUAAUAUCCAGACCUGUGCCAAGGCAUGCUCUAACAGUUCAUACCUAGGACUAUUCGGUCAGGACUGUAUCUGUGGAUCAGUACUGGGUGAUCGAAGUAAUGUAGGGCUUUGUGAUCUGGAAUGCCAAGGAGAUGAUCUACAGCAGUGUGGCGGAGUGAAUGCUAUCUCAGUGUAUGGUGCGGAUGUGAUCGGCCAGUGUGGUACAUCUGAACCUGUGGAACUAACUCCCAAUCAACCUUAUUAUGUAACAUCUCCGGGAUUUCCCGGUAGAUAUAUGUAUACCUCAGCCGGAUCAUGUAUCUGGACACUGGGGGUUAAUGUUAAAGCUUCCCACAACCUAGAGGUAAUGACGGCAUACGACUUCGCUGGUCUGGGCAACACGCUUAGUAUAAAUGCUAAGUAUAUCAGUAUCACCUAUAGUGGCCGGGAUGGAAAAUCUAGGAUUGUAAGAGCUCCUUAUGCAGCUUUACAAGACACUAUCACGGUCUCUUUUAGAGUCUCGAGCCCUUCUACACUAAAUGACUUCCAUAUCAAAUUCAGUCUUACACCCGACUCCAUGAACACAAAAGCUCCUGACGAACAGACAGGACCUGCUACCGCUCCAAUAAUAGAGUCAACUACUUCUAAGGCUAUGCAAGCUGUAAGCACGUCAGGUAUCUCGACUGCCGUUGGGGUGGUUACUGCUCUUGUUAUUCUGGCUUAAAAGAUUCAGUUCAUUAACUGGACACUGACUGAUGCAAUGAAAAGAAGCGAGGA